AUUACAGGAGAGGACAGAAGUAUGGUGCUGCUGCGAUGCAUACAAUAACAAUAGUUAAUAUUAUAUGGUUUUCGUUAGCACUAUGUUUUAUAGUAGCCUUUUGCCUUUAUACGUUUUCGUUGAAACUGCCUAACAGGCUGGAGGACGUGUUUCAGGAUGUAAUCCGAUAUGGAAAAACUAAGGAACACACCAAGCGCCCAAGCAGGCAGCUCGUUUUUGACCUACCAAAGAGGUGUUUCGUUCAUUUUUAUGCGGUGUCUGUCAUGUGGAAUGGGCUGCUUCUUCUAUUCUCCAUCCGGUCUGUCGUCAUGAGUGAGACACUCCCUGAUUGGCUGAUUGACGCGCUUUGUCGUUUGACUGGCAGACCAAAAGAUGCUUGGAACGAGUUACAUUUGUCCAUUCUGCUUUUACAAGUGCUACUAUGGGUCCAUUCCUUUAGACGGCUAUUGGAGUGCCUGUUUGUCAGCGUAUUCUCUAAUGGCGUGAUCCAUAUAGUCCAGUACACAUUUGGUUUGUGCUACUAUGUCCUACUUGGACUAACUAUCCUGUGUUUAAAUGCCUCUUUGCCACAAUCAGGGGCUGUUCCUUUCUUUAAACAGCUCACAUGGUAUCAUGUGAUCGGGACUCUUCUUUUCAUUGGGGCAUCGCUCCUCCAGCACUGGUCCCUCUCACUGCUGGCUAAGAUGAGGACUGACAACUCGGGUAAAGUAGAGACUCUGGCCCACAAGAUGCCAUGUGGGGGCUGGUUUGAGCUGGUCUCUUGUCCCCAUUACCUGGCUGAGCUCCUGAUUUAUGUUGCCAUGAGUGUUUGUUGUGGCUGCAGUUCCUUAACCUGGUGGCUGGUGGUACUGUAUGUACUCUAUAACCAGGCACUGGCUGCACAGCUCUGCCAUGAUUACUACCGGAGCAAGUUUGAGACAUAUCCACGUCAACGCAAAGCUUUUAUACCCUUUGUCCUGUGAUUUAUGCAUUUUAUAUGAAAAUAUGAACCUAAUGAAUAAAUAAACUAU